CUGGACGUCUUACCGAUGUCCGGCUGUGAAGAUGAAUUUGGGUUCUUCUUCACCAAGGUCAGCCUCCGAGGUUGGUUUAGAACAUUUAACAAGGUCCUUUGGACAAUAUCAGAUAUUGGAUCCAAGAGUCGCAAGGGCUACCGACGAAAAAAGCACCGCUCACAAUACACUUCAACAUAUUUUCCUGCAGGGUUGGAGUUUUUUCCCGUUUGCUAUCUUUGUCUCUGGUGCUGAAAUAACACUUCGGUACAAUGACAUCCGGGGUGUUAACACCGUAAACUCGGCCAGUCAGCUCGUACCUUUAGUCCUUGCCCUUGGCUUGUUGGUGCACGUCAUUGGAAAUACGUUAAUGAGACUAGCCUAUGGGUUCCGACAUGCUUUCGACGAGGAUGUAUCAGGCAGGCUGGAUAGUGACAACGAUGGUAAUCAUAGUUCAACACGAAGCGACCUCAGACGCGAGCUGCGGGAAGAGCGGGGGUGGCUGGGCGUUAUUGGCCGCUCUCUUUUCCGACUUUAUUGUGCAUUUACUGUAGGAUACAAUCAGGAAGAAGUGAAGCCGAGGCAUCCAAAUUCCGCUACGAGUUGCCCAAAGAGGAGUCAUCGUACAGAAGUAGACAUCGAGUUGGAAGGUGGUCCGCGACCUUAAAUCGGACCGCGAUUAUUGGCCCCCAAUAUCUCAGAUGAAUACGAUCGAGUGGAGCGAAGGAGUAUUACGAAUACUAAUUACAUCGGAUCAGACGCAAGGGUAUGAUAGAUCACCUUAACAAUACAAG